AUCUUCUUCUCCAUGCUCCACCUUUUAUCCCCUCUUUUCAUGAACUAAAAACACUCCCCUAAUUCCACUCCACUCUUCUAUUAUAUCUUACAUCUUCUUUUUCAUUUCUCUUGAGGCAUCAUGUCUCGGUACGAAGAGGUUGUCGGCGUCGACGAAAGUGGAGGAGAGAAGGGUAUCAUGUUAUUCGGUGUUCGAGUGACGGAAGGAUCGUUUCGUAAAAGUGUUAGCAUGAAUAAUCUAUCUCAGUUUGAUCAGCCGCCUCAAGAUUCUAACGCGGAUGCCGGUUAUGCUUCCGACGAUGUAGUUCAUGCAUUUGGAAGAUACCGUGAACGCAAGAGAGGUGUUCCAUGGACGGAGGAGGAGCAUAGAUUGUUCUUACUAGGGUUACAGAAAGUAGGGAAAGGAGACUGGAGAGGGAUUUCCAGAAACUUCGUGAAGACACGUACACCAACUCAGGUGGCCAGUCAUGCACAAAAGUACUUUCUCCGGCGAAAUAACCAUAACCGCCGGCGCCGGCGAUCUAGUCUAUUUGAUAUCACAACUGAUUCCUUCAUAAAUUCAACCAUAUUGGAAGAAGAUGUAGUCCACCGAGAAAACAUUCCGGUGCCACCGCAGAUGAGUGGUUUUCCAAUGUCAAUGUUUCCGGUAAGUUUAAGCACAGCUCCGGUAGUUUUAAAAUUCACAGGAGAAAAUAAAUCCAUGGAGAAUCUCACGCUAGGGCCAAUCCCGGUAGCAAAAACGUCCCCGAACCUUAUCCGUCCGGUGCCGAUUCUUCCACUUCCUCCAUCAUCAAAAAUGUCCAAUCUUAACUUAAACCAGAAGAUCCAACUUGACCCUUUACCGCUAUCGUUGAAACUCUCAACACCCUCCUCCUCCGAUGAGCAGCCGCCGACGUCGACGGCACACUCGUCUAGUUUUCAGGCCAUGUCAAGUGGGGAUAACAAUAGCAUCAUCAGCGUUGCUUGA